AUGCUCAACUUCCGAGGAAAGAAGUCGGCCGAGUCCGAGGCUACGGCGCAAGAGGCCGUCGCCAUCGACGAUGCGCCCCGUCAGCCGUUCCGAAAGGCCAUUGUGCCCGUCAUUGCCUGCGGCGCCGGUCUCUUCUCCGACGGCUACAUCAACAACGUCAUUGGAUCCGUCACCACGGUCCUCGCUCUGCAGUACGGCGACGUCUACAAGAACUCCAACGCCAAAAAGUACGUCAGCGACAUCGCCUUUGCCGGCACCGUCGUCGGCCAGCUCGCGUUCGGCUGGCUUGCAGACCACUGGUCGCGGACCAACUCGCUGCUCGUCUCGACUGUCAUCCUGGUCGUCUUCACCGCGCUCGCUACCGGGUCCUACUACAAGGGUGAGGAUAUCGGCAUGUUUAAUAUGCUGGCUGCCUGGCGGUUUUUCGUCGGCAUCGGCAUUGGAGGAGAGUACCCCGCGGGUAGUGUCGGCGCAGCAGAGUCUACCGGCGAGCUAAAGUCGGGCUCGAGAAACUUGUGGUUCAUCAUGUUUACGAACACCAUGAUUGAUUGGGGAUUCGUUAUUGGCGCAUUUGUGCCAUACGUAGUCGCGGCCGCUUGCCACAAUGGCCACUACAGCACCAUCUGGCGCACCAGCUUGGGCAUCGGCGUCGUGUUCCCCAUGUUCCUCUUCGUCCUCCGUCUUUUCGUCAAAGAGCCCGCAGCCUCGACCAAGAACUCGAUGCGCUACGCAAAGACGCCCUACCUGCUAUCCCUCAAGUUUUACGGCUGGCGCCUCUUCGUCGUCAGCUUGAUCUGGUUCAUCUAUGAUUUCUCCUCCUACUCGUUCGGAAUCUACUCCUCAACCAUCCUGAGCAACGUGUACGGCGAUACGGCCCCGCUCACCACCGUCUUCGGCUGGAACACGGUCAUCAACCUGUUCUACAUCCCGGGUACCAUGCUCGGCGCCCCGCUCUCCGACUGGCUCGGCCCGCGCUACGCCCUCGCCCUCGGCGUUAUCUUGCAGGCCGUUGUCGGCUUCAUCAUGGCCGGCGACUACUUCAACCUGUCGCAGCCUAGCAUGAUUGCCGGCUUCGUCGUCGUGUACGGCAUCUUCCUGGCGCUGGGCGAGGUCGGGCCCGGAAACAACAUUGGCUUGCUGGCGGCAAAGACGUGUGCGACGGGUAUCCGCGGCAAAUAUUACGGCAUCGCUGCGGCGAUUGGCAAGAUUGGCGCAUUCGUCGGCACCUGGGUUUUCCCCUACAUUCAGGCGGCCGGCGGCGACAACGCAGUCGCAUCCGCCCAGUAUCCCUUCUGGGUCUCCUCCUCGCUGUGCAUCCUGUCCGCGGCCCUCGCCAUCUUCUGCCUGCCGCAUAUCGGCCAGGACACCAUUGCUGUCGAAGACCAACGCUACCGGGCUUAUCUGGAGGCCAACGGCUACGACACCCGCCAGCUCGGCAUGAUGCGCGGCGAGAGCUUCGAGAACACCGACGCUGAGAUCCCCGUCGAGGGUCUGACGGAGACCACCAAGGGUGAAAAGGUGGUGGUAGCUUAA